AUGGCCUCCAUAACAAUCCAUCUUUCAUGCACCGACUACACAGUCGGCUGGGUCUGUGCACUUCCAAUCGAGAUGGCCGCAGCCAAAGCCAUGCUAGGCGAAGUCGACUAUAACAUAUACACCCUAGGAAGAAUAGCAACCCACGAUAUCAUCAUUGUCUGUCUCGCAUCCGGAGUAUACGGCGGGAUCUCCGCAGAAAUCGUAACAAGCCAGAUCCAAGCCGUAGACCUCCGCCUAGGACAAGUCGUCAUCAGUAAACCAACUAGGAGCUUCGGCGGAGCCAUCCAGUAUGACUACGGCAAAGAAACCAAGGAAUGGCACCUAGAGCGGACAGGCACACUGAGCAAACCGCCGCAGUCACUCCUGGUCGGGCCAAAUAAGUUAGAAGCAGACCAUUUACUCAACGAGAGCAGUGUCUCCGAAUGUCUUGCCCCAGUAACGGCGGUCACCCUCUUUAUCUAUCCGGGUGCGCAGGAAGACCUGCUCUUCCAGGCUGGGUAUGACCACCCCAGCGCGGGCUUGGCUUGCAGGUACUGUGAAAAGGGGAAUAACCAGGUGGUUAAGAAUGGGCUCAUCCGGGACCGGCCCGCGCGAGAACUGGGGGUUUUGUGUUUUGAGAUGGAGGCUGCUGGAUCGAUGGAUCAGAUUCCUUGUUUGGCUACCCGGAGGGGGUAUGCGACUGCUAUGGCCGCGACCUGUGCGAAGGAGAUACUUUCGGUCGUGCCGCACGUUCAAAUUGACGGGACAGAGGGCGAUAAGGCCAUUCAACUCAACGAGGGCAGUAAUCAAAGCCUCUCUCCCUCUGAGACCCUACUAUCUCCAGAAUUAGUACACCGCGACCUCCUAGAUAGUAGCCUUACUAGGGCUGCGCAAUGGGAUUCAUACCAAUGUACCAGAAUACUCUCCAGCAUGACCUCACAUCCAAUAAUCAAAUACUCACCUAUAGAACUUGAAACAAACCACUACAAAGCCUUAUCUUGA